ACAAACAUGGCGGCCGCCUGCGCCAGAUCUCUGUGUAAGGUCGGUUGGAGUGUAGUGGAGUAUCCCGCCGUCCGUCGGGCCGGUACCGGCUCCUACCUGCUGGGGAAUGUGGGUACGUGCGGGUCCAGGAGGGCUUACGGUACCGGCAGGCCCGGGUUCGUGUCCUCCAUCCGGACAGGAGCCCGGGGAGGCCGGCUGCUGAGCUGUGCUGUCCUGCUCGGUGGAGGUCUGGGUCUAUAUCAGACCGUGAAGUUCAGGGUCCAGCAGCACCUGGCAGAGGAGGAGAGCAAGGUUUCAGAAGCAGGUCUGAAGCUGACCCUGUACCAGUAUAAAACCUGCCCGUUCUGCAGCAAGGUGAGAGCCUUUCUGGACUACCACGGGCUGCCGUAUGAGAUCGUGGAGGUGAACCCGGUGAUGAGGCAGGAGAUCAAGUGGUCGACGUACAGAAAAGUUCCCAUCCUGAUGGUGGACGGAGACGUGCAACUGAACGACUCGUCCGUCAUCAUCAGCUCCCUAAAGACGUAUUUAAUUUCCAAAGAUAAAAGUAUGUCUGAGAUCCUUCGCUGCUAUCCGGAGGUAAAGUCCAAGAACGACAGCGGGAAGGAGGUGACCGAGUACUUCAACAAGUACUGGGUGAUGCUGAGCGAGGUCGACACCACCAAGCUUUACCCCGAGAAGGGGAUGCAGAAAGAGGAGAUGAAGUGGCGUCAGUGGGCCGAUGAUUGGCUCGUCCAUCUUAUUUCUCCAAAUGUAUACCGAACCACCGAUGAGGCCCUGGCCUCCUUCGACUACAUCGUCCGUGAGGGGAAGUUCGGUACUUAUGAAGGCUUCUUUGCCAAAUAUGUGGGAGCGGCGGCCAUGUUUAUCAUCUCAAAGAGGCUGAAAAAUCGACACAACCUGCAGGACGACGUCAGACAGGAUCUGUACAAAGCUGUAAACGACUGGAUUGCAGCCGUUGGGAAGAAGAGGAAGUUUAUGGGCGGAGACAGUCCCAACCUGGCCGACCUGGCGGUGUUUGGCGUCCUCCGAGUGAUGGAGGGGCUGCAGGCGUUUGACGACAUGAUGGCGAACACAAAGGUCAAGCACUGGUACAGACGCAUGGAGAGAGCGACGCUCAACCACGAGGGACAAAAGUGAAGCUGGACUGAGGGGGGGGGGGGCACAGAGACACGCUUUCAGCUUAAAAAAGACUGAAACGCCAGAGAGAUCCAGACCAGCGACAGGAAGAGAUGAAUCCUGGGAACAACUUCAAUGAUUGAUUUCCAGACACACUUAUUUACUGUAAUAAAAGCUCUUUAACUUGA